AUGAGUUUCUUUGCUGGCAUCAGCGAAAGCUUUCUCACUGUGAAAGGUGCAGCUCUCUUCCUGCCACGUGGGAAUGGCUCAUCUACUCCCAGGAUCAGUCACAGGCGAAACAAACAUGCAGGGGAUCUCCAGCAGCACCUGCAGGCCAUGUUCAUCCUGCUCCGCCCAGAAGACAACAUCAGACUGGCUGUAAGACUGGAAAGUACCUACCAGAACCGCACUAGAUACAUGGUGGUGGUGUCCACCAAUGGCAGACAAGACACCGAAGAGAGCAUUGUCCUAGGAAUGGAUUUCUCUUCCAAUGACAGUAGCACUUGUACAAUGGGCUUGGUGCUGCCACUGUGGAGUGACACCUUGAUCCACCUGGACGGCGAUGGAGGGUUCAGCGUAUCAACAGAUAACAGAGUGCACAUAUUCAAGCCCGUGUCUGUACAGGCAAUGUGGUCUGCUCUGCAGAGUUUGCAUAAGGCCUGCGAAGUGGCACGGAGCAACAAUUACUAUCCAGGGAGUCUCUUCCUCACGUGGGUCAGUUACUAUGAGAGCCAUAUCAACUCUGACCAGUCAUCGGUCAACGAGUGGAAUGCCAUGCAAGAUGUGCAGUCCCACCGGCCCGACUCGCCUGCCCUCUUCACUGAUGUCCCAACUGAGCGGGAACGCACGGAACGGCUAAUUAAGACCAAGUUAAGGGAAAUCAUGAUGCAAAAAGAUUUGGAGAACAUUACAUCAAAAGAGAUACGCACGGAGCUGGAGAUGCAGAUGGUGUGCAACCUGAGGGAGUUCAAAGAGUUCAUUGACAACGAAAUGAUAGUGAUCCUUGGGCAGAUGGACAGCCCCACACAGAUAUUUGAUCAUGUCUUUUUGGGCUCAGAAUGGAAUGCCUCCAAUUUGGAAGAUUUGCAGAACAGAGGGGUGAGGUAUAUUUUGAAUGUGACUCGAGAAAUAGAUAACUUCUUCCCUGGACUCUUUGAAUACCACAAUAUUCGGGUGUAUGAUGAAGAAGCAACAGAUCUUCUGGCAUAUUGGAAUGAUACCUACAAAUUCAUCUCUAAGGCAAAGAAAAAUGGUUCUAAGUGCCUGGUGCACUGCAAGAUGGGAGUGAGUCGCUCUGCAUCCACAGUGAUUGCCUAUGCCAUGAAGGAGUAUGGCUGGAACCUGGACAGGGCCUACGACUACGUGAAGGAACGGCGAACCGUCACCAAGCCCAACCCCAGCUUCAUGCGGCAGCUGGAGGAGUACCAAGGGAUCCUGCUGGCCAGCAAACAGCGGCACAACAAGCUAUGGCGCUCGCACUCCGACAGUGACCUCUCAGACCACCACGAGCCCAUCUGCAAGUCAGGGCUGGAGCUGAACAAAAAGGAGAUCACCACCUCAGCAGACCAGAUCUCGGAGGCAAAGACCAACGACAACCAGCAGCCAAUGUCUCCCAUUUAUUCAGCUGAGCUGGACAGGGAGCAGCAGCUUCCAGAGGAUGCAAACAUGAUUGAGGACAUGUGUGUGAAAGAGAGAAGGAUCCACUUAGAGUUUACAAGCCGAGACUUCCAUGCUGAGCAGAUGGAGGACAAGCUGAACCUGAACAAUAUCAAUGGCUGUACAGCAGGGUGUUGUGUAGACUCUGUCCCCCCUGAUAACUGCCAUGCUUCUGAGGCCUUAAUGCAGCUCCAGCACCCCUUGGAAAUAGCAGAGUUUCCUGAUUUAGCAGUGGAUGAUCUAGAAAAAGAUGCCCUUAAGCCUGAUAUGAACGUGCACUUGGUUCCUAUGGAAGAAUUCACUUCAUGCUUAAAAGACUUUCCCCAAUCCCCAAACCAAAAUUCCCCGAGUCUCCAACAGAAUCCUCAGCCCGAAGGGACAGACCUCAGUACAGACAGGAUUGAUUUCUUCAGUGCUUUGGAGAAAUUCGUGGAGCUUUCCCAGGAGAGCCGGUCACGCACCUGCUCCCACUCCAGGCCGGAGGAGCAGGGCAGUGGAAGGAAUGGUGUCUCCAGGGUGCCCAUGCUGGAAGUGCCGCCUGCUGCGGAUGGGGGUGCAGAUGCUCGAAGGAACAGCCCUGGAAAUUCUCCUCAGGCAUCAGAUGACUCUUCCACAGAUGAAGAGCAACAAAAGGAGGUUCCUGAGCUGCCUAGUGCAGGUCAUCUCACGAGAUCCCACUCAGAAAAUGCCAUUUCUGUGAAGGAAAUUGUCACAGAGAUCGAGUCAAUCAACCAGGGAGCAGGACCUGCCCAGCAGAAAGAGGGUUCAGCCAACCUCAGCCAGACACCAAAGAGGAACACAGUGCAUGACCUGCCAGUCGAGGCGAUUUGGGCAUCAGAAAGGGUGGAACAGAGUGAAGGAGCCUGUGCUGGACACCCGGAAAAGGAGAAGGACCCUCUGCCAGCUGAGCAAGAAGCUGCCCCCUCCCUGCAGCCACCUUCUGGCAAAUCAGACCCAGAGGAAAGCAGCUCUGGUGGGGAGCAGCAAGAGCCCCGUGGCCCCGUAAACCGUGAGCCCAAGUGGUGCCCUGGCUCUGUCCGGAGAGCCACCCUGGAGUUUGAGGAACGCCUGAGACAGGAGCAGGAGCACCAGCACACGACCCCAGUCUGCACCUUACCCACCCGCAAGAACUCCAGGAACGACUCUCCCGCCGCCGAGCUCCUGCCGCGGGGGAAGAGCGAGGAGCCACCCCUGGAGCUGGCUCUGGAGAGUGACAAGGUGCAAAGUCUGGGUGCUGAGGAGCCACUGCUGCCUCCUGGGACAGAGCUGCCUGCAGGCAGACACCUGCCUGCACCCCCUGCACAGGAGGCACUGCCUGCAGAGCCCAGCCCAGGGCAGGAGGGAGCGGCGCAGGAGCACAGGACAGUGGUCUCGUUUGAUGGGACGGAGGAGCCAUUCCUGCCCUCCCUUCUCCCAAAGAGAAUCGAAAUUAUCGAAUACACUCCCAUGGUCAAGUCUGCAGAGCAGCACCCUGACACAAGCUGUGAGCAGGGCGGGCUGGCUGUGGCCAUCUCGUCUUUAGAUGAAAACUUGAACCCUUCGGUGUGCUUGGAGAAGGCUCCAACCUGUCUUGGAGCUCUGGCGGAUCUCUUGCCACCGGAGCACGCGGUACGCAAGCAAACCACCUUCACCGUGGGCAGCCCCAGCGACGAGGGCAGUGGGUUACCUGCUCACCCUUGUGGUGCUUCUCCCUCUGCCCAGGUGACCUCUACAUCUUCAGCCAACCUCGAUCGCUCUCCUUACCCCUACAUAAUCCACGUGGAAGGUGUCACCGAGCAGAGCACGGGUACAGACGAUGAGCCAGUCAUGCCAUGUGGCACUGAGGGAGAUGUGACUCUCCCAUUCAGGGAUGGACCCAAACCUCUCUGCGGCAGCAGUGCUGGCAUCUCAAGGCAGCUGAGCAGUGAGGUGCUCACCAGCCAACAAGCUGAAAACAUGGACCUUCUGGACAUCUCGUUCCUGUGUUACCACCUCCCACACAGCUCCAGCAGCCGCAGCGUGGACGAGCGCAGCAGCAGCCCUGGGCUGGUCAAGCAGCGAGCGAAGGAAAUAGAGGCUCGGAUCAGGCACGCAGGGCUCACCACACCCUCCCACAUGAAACGCUCAGCAUCCUUGGCCAAACUGGACUGCCUGGACCUCUCCAAGGACGACUUAUGUGAGAGGGAGUCAGCCUCUUGUGAUGCCAACCCGGUGCUUCUCACCUGCGUUGCCCUUGGUCGAGGCUUUUGUGGGGGGAGGUUGGAGAGGGGCUCAGAAAGCACGUGUGGAAAGCAUCGCCUUUCCUCCCCGGAGCCUGCUAAGCAUUUUGUGGAACAGCUCAGAACAGCUGAGUGCAUUGCGCAGAGCAAGCCGGUGGAGCGGCCGCUGGCUCAGUACGCCAAAGAGUGCGGCUCCAGCCAGCAGAGCUUGUGUUCCAGCACAGAUCCCACAUGGACUAGCUCCGAGGAAGGUCCUCUUCUGCUCCAGGUGCAGGUCCUGGACUCAUCUCCUGCUCAAGGUCUGGCUGUCACACCUCGGCAGCAGCACGGGAGAACUCACCCUCUGAGGAGGCUCAAAAAGACCAAUGACAAAAAGCGGACAACCAAUCCCCUCUACAACACGAUGUGA